AUGGCCACCACCCCAGACAAGCCAGGAAGUGAUGCCGACGAUGACGAGAGACUGCGCUACGCCAUCGCUCUGUCACUACAGGACCAGGCCGAAUAUUCGUCCAGUGGACCAGCAAAGCCACAGACCACGGCCCUGAGCGAUGGCUCGUUCAAUUUGACGGCCCUGGACCGCAAGGCGAUGGAAGCAGAGCGGCUCGCUCGACUGGGCGCCAAACGUCGCCAGCCGGUACCCGCCGCGGAGGACGAGGACGACGAUGUCGUUGAAGUGCCUCCACCAAAGAAGAAGACGAAGCAAAACCCCAUCACAGAGACACAUGAAGCGUCAAGAAUGGCCGAUCCUCCGCCACCAGUUCCGUAUCCAGACGGAGCCGUCAAGCGGACGUGGGCGCGUGGAUACCCGCGAACCGGCGAGGAUAUCAAGAUCGAAGAGGUUCUGCAAAAGGACAAACUGAUGCUGGCCAUAUUGUCAUCUUUUCAAUGGGACGAGCGGUGGCUGCUGUCCAAGGUGGACUUGAGUAGGACCAGGCUUAUGCUCGCAGCAUUCGCUGCAGACGAGCAGCAGAAGGGAGAGAUGCGUGCGAACGCGCCGUCAGGUGUGAGGUUUUGCUUCCCGCCAAUGAAUGGCCCCGGGUCUAUGCACUCCAAGUUGCAGCUUCUCAAGUACAAAGACUACCUACGUCUCGUCGUUCCCACCGGCAACCUCGUGCCAUACGACUGGGGCGAGAGCGGCGUCAUGGAGAAUAUGGUCUUCAUUAUCGACCUACCGCGGCUGGGCGAUGCCGCACAUCACUCGCCAACGGAGUUUAGCCUUCAACUGAAAUACUUUCUUCAGGCUAUGGGAGUCGACAGUAAGAUGGUUGACAGCCUGUCGAGCUUUGAUUUCUCGAAAACGGCCCAUCUUGGGCCGGGUGGCCACACCGACGAAGCCCUCAAGGGUGUGGGACACUGCGGCCUGGCGGCUACAAUCGCCAGGCUCGGGUUAGCGUCAAAGGGGCACAUUCAAGUCGACAUGAUAUGUGCAUCCCUCGGAUCGAUCAAGUCCGAACUUGUCGAGGCCAUGUAUAGUGCUUGUCGAGGCGACGAUGUCAAGUCAAAUAGCGCGAGAGCCGGUCGCAAGCCUACCGACAAGCGGUUAGGCCCGGCGCAGGAACUCAAGGACUGCUUUCGCAUCUAUUUUCCCACAAGUAAAACAGUAUCUGACAGCAGGGGUGGCAAAGGGGCUGCGGGAACGAUAUGCAUUCAGCGGAAAUGGUGGCAUUCCCCCGACUUCCCAAAAGAGCUUGUCCGCGACUGUGUCAACACGCGGGACGGACUCCUCAUGCACAGCAAGGCUAUAUUCGUGCGCAGGGAAGAGGUGGAGGGAAGCUCUGGCGGAAACUCGACCCCAAACACUUGGCCCGCCUGGGCAUACGUGGGGAGUGCGAACCUGUCAGAAAGCGCCUGGGGUCGCGUGGUCAAGGACAGGAAGUCGGGCAAGCCCAAAGUGAACAUUCGAAAUUGGGAAUGCGGUGUUGUGAUCCCGGUUCAGGGGCCCGGCAACCUGGAGGCUCGCAAAGGGGGUUCGGCAGCCGAUCUGAGCAUCUUCAAGGACGCCGUGCCGGUUCCGAUGCAAGUGCCUGGUCGUGUCUACGGCCCGGGCGAUGAGCCUUGGUUCUUUGAUGCCGCCCAAUAA